AACAUGACGGCACGUCAUUAAUCACACGUUAGUUUCCGUUCUUACGUUACGGCGUUCAUACCUUCAAACGCGAACAUGGCGCGGACCGGUGUACAGUGGUCUCUUUUUGUCAUUGGAAUUUGUUUAUUUUCUGAACUAGUCCAAUGCACAUUUCUCAAUGUUGGUGUCAGGUACAAAGUUGGUAUGAAUGUAUUCUCCGGUCGUCAAAAUCCAGAAUGGGAUAUCGAUGAAAAACAUUCACUGUACGACCGCAUAUCGUGGCUAGUCAAUGAAGGCCCCCCGACACCAAUGGAUGAUAGCCUCGGAUACGAGGGCUUCGUAGUUGAGGCAACAAACGCAAUGGGACAGAGGGCAUGGAAAACAAUUGGCCGCCACACAAACCGUCGAUUAGAGUCCAUCCUUCUAAGGUCUUGCCCAAGUUCUGAGGGUCUCAGCCAAUCUGUAAUGAACCAUGUUUAUUCUGGAAUAGUCGGCCAGUACCGUAGAAAAGUUCUUCCAAAUUCACCAAUAUCAAAAAUUGUGAGACAGCCUAUCGCACGUGUUUCCAUAACAACGAACAAUGAUGACGAAAGUAGCCACGUGAUCAUAAAGCAAAGACUUUACAGAAAGAAACGCCAGGCUGCUCGUGUCUGCUCAACACGUUUCCAGCCUGAGAACUGGAAUAUAGACCCCAUCCAAAGACGCAAUAACUGCUACAACUAUGCCACAAACAUACAGACAAACACAUUUGCACAGCCAGGUAGGGCAUCUGGAAGAAGAUACAGAGAAAACGUUGGAGGUGAAGUUUACUCGGCCUGUCUGAGGGACGGACUCACCGGUCUGAGGGCACCAGAUGCUGGUACCGAAUGUCUUAUAGCCCUCGUCGUCUGGCCGGGUGAGGAUUAUCAUUUCUAUAGGUUAGAUAACAACGGUUACUGGUCUCACAAGAGCGGCAGAACGGAAGCUCGUAAUACUGAUGACAGCGGCGACCCGAUCAUCGACCCAAGAACAGCCGAUCGCGGACCGUAUAGUGAUUUUGUAGGUUGGCUAGGUGUUGGCCCAAGGGCUAGAGUAAACUAAAUGUUUGAAAGAAAACGAAAUUUUGAUAUUUUGUUACACCUUAUUUAUUUUAGUAUUUUAAAUAUGUUUUUAAAACUAGUACAUUCAAAAGCCCUAUAGUUUGUCGUGUAAUGGUAAUUUAGUCUUUAGAUUGUGCCAUUCUACAAAAUAGUAAUAAACAGGUGUUUUAUCAAUUACGUACAUUAGUAUUCAGUAGAUAAGAAUGAUUUCCCCUUGACUCUACUUUAUAUGUUAUAAAUGAUUUAAUUUGAUAAGUUUAUAAAUGACAGUAUUGCUUUGUAUGGGAUUUUGUUGUUAGAUGUUUUAUAUA